AUGUCAUGCGCAGAUAACUCGGGGGCCCGAAACCUCUACAUUAUUUCCGUCAAGGGGAUCGGUGCUCGAUUGAACAGAUUACCCGCCGCGGGUGUGGGAGACAUGGUCAUGGCCACCGUGAAGAAGGGAAAGCCUGAGUUGAGGAAAAAAGUCAUGCCCGCAGUCGUAGUCCGACAAUCGAAACCUUGGAGGCGGCCGGAUGGUAUCUACCUGUACUUCGAAGACAACGCCGGUGUCAUCGUGAAUCCGAAGGGCGAAAUGAAGGGUAGCGCCAUCACAGGGCCGGUGGGCAAGGAGGCUGCUGAAUUAUGGCCUAGAAUUGCAAGCAACAGCGGUGUCGUCAUGUGA